CGGCGGCGGCCGGCCGAGGGGACGGGAGCGGCUGCCCCGGGUGUCGAGUUCAUCAGGCCGCAGCAUGAACGGCAGCGUGGCGGGCGCGGCUACGCCGGAGGAGAUCAUCAGCCUCACCCGCAGACCUUCAGGGCUGGGCUUCAACAUUGUUGGUGGGACAGAUCAGCAGUACAUUUCCAAUGACAGCAGCAUCUAUGUCAGCCGGAUCAAAAAGGAUGGGGCAGCUUACCUUGAUGGCCGAUUACAAGAAGGAGAUAAAAUUUUAGCGGUCAAUGGCAAAGACUUGAAGGAUUUGCGGCACAAGGAUGCUGUGGAACUGUUCAGGAAUGCAGGCUGUGAUGUGUCUCUGAAAAUUCAGCGCAGGUUGCAGCCACAAAAUGGCCCUGUGGGUCAUCAAAGCGAUGGAGAAUCAGGUGGGCUUCCUCUAGCAGCCAUUCUUGUGCCAGGCCUGGCGCUUGCCGCAACAGCAGUCUGGAUCUGGCUGAGGUAUCGACAGCGGAUGUGAAGAGUUCACGUUUGGGAUGUCACUGCAUAUUUUACACAACUAUGAUGUAAUUUAAAGAUAGAGAAUCAACGAUCGUGUCACAGACUGAUGUCAAAAAGGAUCAUUGCCUAUCAUCAAAGCUGCUGCUGAUGUUCUUAUAUAUUGAUUUUGUUGCAGGGUUGAUGGAAACAGAGAGGAAAAGGGGAAAGGAGAAGACUGUAUUUAUGUAAAAAGUGGGAUAGCUGUUUUCUGGACAAAUCUGAGGAGGUUUUGCCGUCCUCCUCUAUUUUGCACCACGAACUUUCAAACACACUCAUCUAUUCCACAUUUUAAGAUGUAACUGUUGGUUAAAGGGUGUGGGAUUUGGGGUGAUUUUAAAUCAAAAAUAUUUACUAGAGGCUUUGCCUUGUUUCCACAGAAUUUUUUCUUGAAACUAAUGAUCCCUGUCUGAAGCAUGAAUAAAGAGAAGCAAUGCAGAGGGUAUAUUAUUUUUUCCAUUGAAUUUUUGUUGGUUGUUGCUAAAUAAAUGCCUUAAGAAAAAUGUGUAAAA